AUGCCGCGGAUUUUCAACUUCUCGCUACGCCACAGUAGCGACAAAAGCUUUUCCGACGCCAUUAUCGACCAAAUGUGUCAGGACCUUGCAGCCGAAUCGGAUGUUAUUAUCACUCAAGCCAAGAAUGCGCUAGUUCGAGUACAGUGUUACGAGGGAUGUCUACAGCUCAUCCAAAAGGCAGGUUCAAAGGUGUAUGCAACCAUUCGCGAGCCGAAUAAUGAGGAUCUCAAGAUGGAGCUUAUCAUGAGGUUAGUCCCAAACAUUAACACGAUCCGAACUCUGUACGACCUCGCGAUAGACAUCGAGACGAUAUUCGCGGCGCUUGUCCAGAUUUCAAGCCAAAAAUCAACCAAGAAGGCUGCAUGUUUCCUCAUGGAAAAGAUUGCGAGUCUGAUAGACUUUGCAGUGAGUUUUGAUAGUUUGAAGGCGAAGACUCCCGAUAUUCAAAACGACCUCAGCCACUUCCGACGGUUCAUAGCAGUCAAUGCGUCGCUCUCAAACCAACUGGAGAGUCUCACAGAUGCCCCGUUAAAUGCCAUGUCAUUUUUCGUGGCCGAUCAUUGUCCAAUGCUGAAAGUACUGAUCCGAGCGAUUGAGUGCGCCAUGACCAAGGAACCAGCGGCUGUGGACGUUUCAGCUGUGCUGGCAAAUUCUCGUUGUUCCUCAAUAGCAGGGAGCAGACCAAAGGACGGACGUCCCAUGAUGAACUAUUUGCGUGCUAUGACCGGAGCAAUCAUCCUCUACGAUCACACAGCAGUUCACGGCGCGUUUGGCUCCAAAUCAGAAGUGAAGAUAAAGCGAUGCGUCAAGGAACUCGUGCAGUGGAAGCAGAACGGAGCAACAACGGAAUUGAUCGACACAAUUAAGUACUGCAGUCUGCACUACAACGAUCCGUCAACCCCCGAGAAGAUUCGGACACUAAUGAACAAGUAG